UGCUUUGAGCGAAUCGCUCUUGGCGCUAUGCUGCCCUUUGAUAAGACUUUUAGAAAAACCGACACUAACGUCUUGGACAAAUGUCUGAAUCUUUGUCUCAACGAUAUGGAAUGCGUAACAUUUGCAUUUGGAAUUUCUGCAAGAGGUAAUGGGACCUGCCAACUAUCAUCGCAAGUCAUUGAUUCAACUGGAGCAAGUCCCGUUGGCACAAUCUUCGAUCCAGAUUUCGAUUUAUAUGCGAGGAAAACGUCGAAUUGUUUGGUUGAUCCUGGACCGAACAGAGGUCCAAGUCAAGUUCCUCGACCAGGAGGUUUCGAACAAAUGCCAGGAAAUGGAGCGGCAAAUACAAAUUUGCCACCAUCGCGUCCAACUCAAAGUACUUAUUCGCCAUCUGAUGGUGGACCAACAUCUUCAGUUUUCAGUCCUGCUUCAACUUCCGGUACUUAUUCAACUGAUGGAGGCGAUGGUACGACAACAGGUGACUUUGCAACGACACCCAUAGGUUCAUCAAACUAUCCUGAACCUGCUUCCAAUAACCAGCCUUCGAGUCAAUCGCCUGAUGACUUUUACAAUAACAAAAACAAUUAUCCAUCAACCUAUCCGUCUAGUAACGGAAAUCAUCCCACUGGCAACCAACCUGAAGCUUUCCCUCCCACGCGUCCUACUCGACCAAUCAUUACUAACCACAAACCUUCAUCAAGCGAUAAAGAUCCUCCACCCACACACACAAAUAAUAAAAUUGAACAGACCAAACCCGUUUAUCCUUUUCCUAUCGGCCCUGAUCCCUUGCCUGGCUAUUUUCCUUACACUCAGUCUAACUUUAAUUACAAUCCACACAAUUUUGUUUACACUGAUGACAAAGAUUCACAUUUUCCAGGCAUUUACUCACACAAUGCACCAUCAUCAUCUAUGCACGACAGAUUCUAUCAUGGCGCACCACCAUCUUCAUCAAAUGUUGGUCAUUAUGGUUCGGGGGGUUUGUACGCGUCAGGAAGGUAUCCAGAGAGUGGGCAACAUUAUGGUUUCAAUGGUUAUAAUGAUAAUCGAAAGAAUGGCUAUGAAGUCAUUGAUAACACGCCAGAUGUUCCAAUAACAAAACUGAGAAUUUGUGUUGUUACAAUCCUAUUAGGAUUUAAUCUCGCAAAAGCAACGUUCAACUUAGGAAACUCAAUCGUAAUCAUUGAGGACACUCAAGCGUGCUUCCGACGUGUGUUGGCUGGAAAGCGAAUUGCUUCGCAUUGGGUGAGACGAACGCUUAUUUGUGAACGUCUUGAAGAUUGUCAACGUGAAUGCGGUGACGAAAAGCGAUUUUCGUGCGAAGGUUUUAAUUAUCGUUUAGAUCCGAGUGGUCGAGGGCAAGGUGAAUGCGAACUCAUUGAAGUUCCACUCUCAAGAAUGGAUUUGUACUCAAGUCCACAUAAUCGUGAUGCGAAUCUUAUUUCACAUCCGGACUACGAUUAUUAUGAGCGCGAUAGAAGUUCAGCAAAAUGCCGAGCAUCGCCUUGCAUUGAUUGCGGUGCAAAUCCGGGAUACAUGAAACCAACAACAUAUCGACCUCCAUCGAAUUACAAGCCUUCUUAUGGAAAUGAAAAAGAUCGAUACAGACCGGAUUCCACUGCCGUCGACAGAUAUCGGCCACAAAAUAAUUUCUAUGAAUCAAGACCCGAUUCAUGGGAUCGUUAUGGAGGUUCCAAUUAUUUCGCAGGCGGGGGUGAAGUUCAUUACAAUAGACCGUCACAACCAGAACCUCGUCCACCUGUAAAUUAUCCAGACUCAAGACCACCACAACAUUAUCCCGAUUCAAGACCACCUCCAUCUUAUGGAUUCAGCAUUGAUCGGUAUGGAACAGAAGAAGGUGGCGGCUCGGAUUAUUACAAACCUCCACCACAAAGGCCUUCAAAUUCAGGAGGUUACAUUGAAACUGGCGGAUAUGGAUAUCGUCCACAAAAGCCAUAUCAAGAGAGACCACUGCCGCCCUCAAGACCCAGUCCCGAUUCUGGUUAUGGUCAUCGACCCCCACAAGCAGUUGUCCCCAUUCCACAAAAACCUGGUGAUUACGACCGACCAGAUCCACCUUAUCGACCACACUCAAAACCUGAUCCACCACCACAACAAAGUGGUUAUGGUGGGCACCCUCAUGAUUCAUUGCCACCUCAAUCACCACCACCUAGACCUGGUCUUGGUUAUAUAGAUCGUCAGCCUCAUCCACCAGGCUUUCAUCAUAAACCACCUCCAGAUUAUCAUCCCACGAAUUUCCAUCAAAAGCCAUCCAGCAAUUUCAUACCGUACAUGAUUGGACAAGACAAUGUUUGGGGAACUUACGGUGGUGUUUAUGGAUCUACAAGUGGUUCGAUUUCAUAUCGUCCACAAAUGGAUUAUUGGGGAAUAAGAAACGAUAUCAAGAGAAAAGAUGGGCCACAUCAAUUUAAUUAUUUUGAACUGGGACCAGUCGAAGAAAACAGUGUUCAUCAUCGUUAUGGUGGUCAUAUGAUUGGCGGUGGUUAUGAAGAACGUCCAUAUCAAGGAGGAAGUAGUGGAAAUAGAGGCUCAUAUCAAGGUGGAAGUAGUGGAAAUAGAGGCUCAUAUCAAGGUGGAAGUAGCGGUAAUUGGGAUCAGAUGUGGACAAGACGGCCAAACAAUGAAGAAUGUUCUGUGAAGACAAGUGAAGGUUUCCGGUUACAUAAAGGAGUCGUUCGCAAUGCAUACUCAGUUCCAGAUAUCAGAGAAUGUGAAAAAAUGUGUUAUAGUGAAGAUAAAUUCAGAUGUUCUGUGUUCAGUUUCCGCUACUCGGAUCCAUCAAACAACAACUGCCUUUUAUGUGAUCGUUCAUAUAGUUUACUUGACUCUUAUGCUGACAUUAUUCCUGACAAAGAGUAUGACAUUUAUGCAAUGAGUGAUGAUGUUAAAGUUUGUAAAAAGGAACCAAGAAAUCGUGCAGAAUAUGGUGGAAGUCAUUCUAAUGAUCAAUGUUUCAUUCAAGCAAUUGAAACACGUCGACUUUAUGAAUCAAUUGUAAGAGAUUCAUUAACAGUACGAUCAAUUGGUGAAUGUGAAAUUGAAUGCGCUAAAGCAAAGACUUUCACUUGUCGAUCGUUUGCUUUCCGUUAUGGUUCAAAAGUUAGUGGAACCAUCAUUGACAAUUGUCAGUUGUCUGAUUGGCCUGUUCGUGAUAUGAACAAAGAUCGUCACUUGAUUCAUGAUAAAGGAUUUGAUGUUUUUGAACGUGCAAGCUAUGGAAAAGGAUGUGAAAUUCAAAAUUUUGAACACGAACAUGAUCCAAAGAAUCCAAAAUUGUGCUACUUAGGAUAUGGUUCUGCAGCCAAAUUAGUAUCAUCUGCCAUUAAAAAAGUAAUUUCAGUACCAUCAGAGAUUGAGUGCAAGAAUGAAUGUAUAAAAUAUCGCGAAACUUCACCAUUUAAAUGUCUUUCAUUCAGCUUCGGUUCACAAGCAAGUUCAUUCAACUGUGAAAUGUCAGAUUUGGAUCAAAGUGAAUUGAAACUUGAUGUUCACUACACUCACACACCAAAUCGAGAUUAUUGGCUGUUCGCUUGGAAUCCUUUCGAUCAUACAUGUCGCGACAAGAUAACAUCGAUCAGUGGCAACCGAGUGAAUUAUGAUCGUCGCAUGGAUAUAUUCAGAGACACCGGUGGCCAUGUCACCGUGAGUGGCAAAGCAUGUCGUUAUGGAACAAGAUGUGAAAAGAAUCACAUUGCUGGAUUUUAUUCUUGUGAGUUAGAAGGAGGCGAAGUUGGCAGUUGGGAUUUUUGCUGUAGAGACGAUCAUCAAUGUGGAUUCAGUAGAGAUUUUGACUAUCCUUGGUGCUACGUAGGUGUUGAGAAGGAACAGUGGAGAAGCUGUUCUGUCAGCUACAUUCCAGUUCCCAUGCUUCAAGGAUCAUUCAGCACAAACAGAUUUUCAUCCACAAAAUAUCCCGACAAUAAAAAUGACAUUUUUCAAUCACCUCCACGUCCAGGUGGACUUCAAGGAAGAAGCCCAGCAAAAUCAAAAUUUGAGACACGACUACUACCCAUACAGUAUUUGUACCAUGAAGGACCUCCGAAUGCUACUCAGAUCAACAAUAAUAUUAUAGAUUGUAAUCGUGAAAGAUGCUAACGAUCUACAUUUCGAUUUUUAAUUACUUUUCAUUGCCGUUCAAUUGAAAUAUGCUAACAACAAAUAUUUUGUGUUUUCUUAGAAUCUCAACCGUAACUUUAUUAUAAACGUACUUAGCUUAUAAAAGUAUCAAUUAAUUUAUAUUUCGUAAUUUCUUAAACAUAAAAAUCAUGAAUUUAUUUCCUUAUGUGUAUUUAAGUGAUACAAAUAAAGAAUAAAAAAAAGUUUUUUUGGUCAUUUUUGAAGCAAAAGAAAUUAUGUUUAAACUUAUUUAAAAUUAAUUAAGCUUCUUUUCAGAUGCUUUGUUCAACUGCUUAAAAUAUGUAACUCAGCUAAUCAGAUGUAAGUAUCGAUGAAAUCAUUGUCAUUUGCUGUUUGAAAAUUAUUUUCAGUGCUUUUGUGACGCUCUUCAAACUUCCUAUUAAUGUUCCAUCUUUCGUGAUUAAAAUUGUUAGCAUUGCCUUGUGUUGGUUGAUUAUGUUUUAUUGUUUUCGGAAGUUUAUGAUAGCCACGAAAAUAUUCUUCAAUUUCUUGAAGUGUUCUACCUUCAGUUUCUAAAAAAAUGAGAUACAAGAUUAGACAACCAGAACAUCCAACGCAUGAGUAAAAAAGAAAUGUUCCUGGCAAAGUAAAACUGGCAACCAUGGUGAGGAAGAGUUUGUUAGCCAAGAAGCCAAAAAUGUAACUGAAACCACCGGUAAAUCCUGAAGCAAGUCCACGAAUCUUUGCAGGAUAAACCUCACCAACUAACAUCCAAGGAAGUAAUCUUAUUCCGCUAUGUGACAACAAUGCACUCCCAAGAAGAAGUGUUAAUGGAAUCCAAGAGAUUGAAGAUGAAGUUUUUGAAUUAAGGUCAGUAAUAAUUGAUGAAGUUUUAUUGACAUCAUCAGGUGACAAAUGUAAAUAACUGAAGUGUUCUUCAUCCACUGCCAAAUGUGAGAAUGUUUCUAUUGCCCGAGGUGAAUUCUCUGUUGAAUUUUCAAUGUUCAUCGGUAGAUUAAUAACAAGCGUGUUUGCUUGAAACUGUGAAGGUGAAUAAUUGAUAAAAAACGCGUACAUUGCAGUUGAAAAGAAGCAAAUACUGCAGCCAAGAAGUGAUACAAAUGUCAGUUUCCGUUUCCCUACAAAUCGUACGAGAAUCACGCAGAUUGCAGUUCCGAGAAGUUCCAUGAUUCCAAGCAACAUAGUAGCAAAGUAUUUAUCAAUUGGAACUUUAAGUUCGGCGAAAAUUGGG